ACAGGUGGAGACAAAAAGUAAAAGUCAUAGAGUGAGUUGCUGUUUGUCUCUUCACACGGUUUCAUUUCACACAAAAUGGCACAUUUAUGUCUGCAGUGUCUCCUGUUAAUUCUGUUAACGGUCAUAUCAGAGUGUGGAGGUGCGUCACCAGAGAUUGCAUCAGCUGCUCGAGGGGAAAAUGUAGUUCUCCCUUGUUUUAAUUCUACAGUGAUGGAUCCAAAGAGCUGCUACAGAGUUAAAUUGUUCGUCACAGAUGACAAACAGGUUCUGUUCGCCAGGCCUAAAUCACCCAAGUUCCCGGAUGAUAAACGUAUAAAAUGGCAAGCUGAUAAAAAUGGAAAAAUGUCGCUUUAUCUGACAAAAUUGCAAGAAUCUGAUGUGAGAUCAUACACCUGUGAAAUCUGUAAAGGCUGGGACUGUGCUCAUGUCAAAACAAUAUCUGUUAAAAUAAAAGAAUGUAGCACACUUGCAGCACCAGUGAAGGCAGCUCCCAACGCAUCUAUUAAUCUGAACUGCCCAGUGGACAUAAAACCAGGAGAACAAGGACCCUCAAAAAUCUCCUGGGUAAUGCGGAAAGGAGACAAGUCUGUAGAUGUUAACUCUGAGAUAGUUCAAAUUAAUGGGACAUUAGCUAUCCAGUCUGUGAAAAAGAGAGACAGUAGUUGGUACAGAUGUAAUUACACACUUGGACAAACUCAACGCUGCUUUGACAUGAAUCUACUGGUCCAAGAUGAAGUGAACCAUUCUGUUGUGGCCACAACCAUUCGAGCUCCGACAACCAAUGUGAUCAUUUCACUGACCGGAAAGAACAGCAGUAUUGUAGCUGUGGUUUCAGUUAUUUUUGUGAUUGCCAUAAUUGCUGCCCUGAUAGGACUGCUCCUUUACUGCAGACGUAACACCCAGAGAAAUCCUGUGCAAACACAGAGGCACACAACAGAGUCCUUUGAUGGUUAUGAGAUUGUGGCUCUUGCAGUGUCAGAAGAUACUGCAAACCAACGAGUCAACAGUCUUUACCAUCAAUCACGGGAUAGUAGCCUGUGUACCUUCCAAUAUUAGUUGAAGAAGACCUCCCUUAUUGCCUAAUCUGGAUUGCCUGCUUACAUUUUGCAUUAUGUAAAAACAUCUAACAAACUAAAAUAUCUGAGUUUGCAAAAAAAGAGACCAAAGUGUAACAUGGAAAAUGCUGCACACUGAUUUUUUCCUUAUUACCCUGUCUCUGUUGUUAUAUCUAAUCACUUGUAUUAUUUUAAAUGAAAUGGAGUCUGUUUACGAUGUAACCUUUCAUAUUUUACCCAGUUUGAAUAAAUAUCUGUAGGAUGAUGAUUUUAUAACCACUGAGCUACUUUUCUGUGUCUAACAAGACAAUAUUCACUUUUAAAAACAUUUGUAAAAUGUUGUAAUAUGUAUUCAUGCAAGAAAGAAAGUAGAAAGAUGAGAAAGAACAUGUUUAUUUAAUUCUAGUUCACAGCCUGUAAUAAAUCAUAGAAACUGUUGGUGUCGGCA